CUGGACCCAACAUCUUAUCUCCCCCAAUCUCUCUCUCCCUGCUGAAUAAUUUUCAUUUUUAUUACUCAAUUCUCCUUUCUUAAUUUAUAUCCUCGUCAAGUGGGUCACUUGCACUGCAACUCUGAAGUCUGAACUCACUUCUAAAAGAUACCCACUCUCUUAUCUCUCUCUCUCUCUCUCUCGCUCCAUGGCUACCUCUGGAUUGUGCUCAGAAGCGUAUAACCUCUCUUCCAGCAGCAGUGGAAGAAGAAGCAGUUGUUGCCCGUCGCCCGAGUUCGAGUUCUGGAUGGUCCGUAAUCCGUCUUUCCCACAACCCAAUCUCCUUUCCGCAGACGAGCUUUUCGUCGAAGGUGUUCUUCUCCCUCUCCACCUUCUCCCCCACCACCACCAACCCGACCCAACACCAGAACCCGACCCAGAACCUCCCAACUCUACUGUUACAGACCCAGAGCCAGCACGACCCGAGUGUCCACCCGUUUUAAUCACCGAAUCAUCCUCAGUGUUGUCCUCCUCGAAGCGGUGGAUAGAUAUUUUCAAGAAGAGCAGCGCGAAGAACCCAGAAGGGAAAGAGAAAGAAAAGGAGAAAGACAAAAGGAAGCCCGAGAAAGAAAGAAAGGGUGGAAGCGGAGCCAGCUCGGCGGAGUUGAACAUCAACAUCAAUAUCUGGCCAUUUUCGCGGAGCAGAUCAGCCGGAAAUGCAGGGACCCGACCCAAGUCUGUACCCGGGGCUCCUGGAACCCGGAAGGUGAACAGCGCGCCGUGCUCACGUAGCAACUCCGCUGGCGAGUCCAAGUCAAAGAAGUGGCCAAGCAGCCCGGGCCGUGCUGGAGUCCAUCUGGGUCGUAGCAGCCCGGUUUGGCAGGUUCGCCGGGGAGGAGGCUCGGGCAUGAAAAGCUCCGACCCCAUGGCUCGCGGUGCGGAGAGAGCAGCUAAGAAAGACGCACCGGAGACUCGUCGGAGGAGAACAGCCGCCAACAGCGGAGCUACCGGGCCGAAAGCAACAGUCUUGAACCUGAACGUCCCGAUGUGCAUUGGAUAUAGACACCAUUUGAGCUGUAAAAGCGAAGAGAAUAGCGCAGUCGGUGGCGGUGGCGGCAACAAUAUCCGCCGAAUUAUUAGCAACGGUGGCAACGAUGGUGGAAGGAGUGGUAGCGCCGGAAACGGUGGAAAUCUAUUUAGCCUGCGAAGUCUUUUCACCAAGAAGGUGUAUUGAAUUCAAAGUAAUUAAACAACAAAACUCCCUCAAUAUUAAUUUCUUUGAGACUCGAGAGAUUAAAGUCACUUUCCUGCUGAUUUAUUUCUUAUAAAUUGCAUGUUUUUUUUAAUGCUUUUUCUAUUGUAAACAGAGAUUUAGUUUGUUAA